AUGUCGGAACUGUUACCACUUGAUAGCGCCAAUAAUAACUUUCCCGUUAUGCGCGAAAACCUAUGGGCACUACUCUUUUUGAUUAAUUUUAUUAGCUCACAGCAGCCGCAGCUUAUUUCUUACUCUGCUGUACCUGUCAAAGAGGUAACACAGGACAGGUUCAUAUUGCCUCAGCAUGAGUCGAUCACUUUUUACCUUUUUGGGGAUAACAUGCUGAAGGUCGAUAAAAUAGCGUUUGCAUUUAAAAGUGGAACUAAAGGGGCUCCUUGCGAAGAUGACAAGUAUGAUCUCCUCCUCGAUUUUGAAAAAGUUGAUGAUCGAUCUAUUAAAGCCUAUUGUCCACGGAACCACUCUUCAUAUGAUGGUGAGAUUUAUAUUUGCUUUAAACAUGAAAACAAUAACGGGACAUCUGUGUGGACCCAUCAGCCAACAACUCAUCCAUAUUUUUUCGUUUUCUCUACCUUUUUUAUUUAUCUUUUGGGGCCGUUUCCAUGGGCGUUGCUCGUGUUUCUCCUUUGUUGUUCAGCCUUAUUCAGCGGUCUUAAUCUGGGAAUAAUGACUCUUGAUGUAAUGUUUCUUGAAAUACUGAUAGAAGCUGGGACUGAAAAUGAAAAGAAGAUGGCAACGGCAGUGCUUCCAAUCCGUCGACAUGGAAAUCUGAUUAUCUGCAGUCUAACUUUGGCAAAUGUAAUCGUUAAUGUAAUCAUUUCAAUGCUAUCUGACAAACUUAUCGGAGGAACAGCAUUAGCCAUCUUUUCUGCAUCAGCUGGCAUUUUACUUUUUGGGGAAAUCUUGCCUCAGGCUGCUUGUAAUCGAUUUAGUCUUAUCAUUUCCUACCAUACAAUAUUCUUCACGAAACUAAUAAUGCUUCUUACGUUUCCCAUUGGAUUUCCAAUCAGUUUGAUACUGAAUAAACUACUAGGUGAGGACAUGGGUAGAACCUUGAAUAAAUCCAAAUUGGCGGAACUGAUCAAACAGCACGAACAUUUGGGGUUUGUCCACAAGGAUGAAUUGAACAUAAUAACAGGUGCCUUAAGUAUGGAUCAGCGAACUGCAAAGAGCAUCAUGACACCUAUCAAUAAUGUAUAUAUGCUUCCCUACAAUGCACUCUUGGAUUUUGAGACAACAAAUGACAUAAUCUCGCAUGGAUUUACAAGAAUACCAAUUUAUAAGGUCGACAGAAGAAACAUUACUUCAGUCUUAAAUGUUAAAGACCUUGCCUUUGUGGAUCCGAAGGAGAAACUUUCGGUGUCGACUAUCUGCAACUUUUACAACCGCCCAUUCAUAUAUGCUGGAGCAAGCACGACUUUAAAGUCUCUAUUUGAUAUGUUUCGCAAAGGUCAGUCCACUCACUUCGCCGUUGUCUACGAGGAAGAGGGAUCCGAGCAUCACACAGUGGUGGGUAUCGUGACGAUGGAGGAUGUAAUUGAGGAAAUCCUUCAAGAGGAAAUAUUUGAUGAAACAGACAUUAUAAACGAUACUGCAUCGCGGAAGAGGCGAAAUCCUCGCCUUCAUACGACAGAUCUGUGGCCUUUUUUUAACCAUCAAAGUGAUGGCAAGAUAUCGCCACAACUUAAGAUAGCUGCUCUACGCUACCUGGUUGCGAUUUCCGAAAGUAACACCAUCUACCAAUCACAUGUGCCUAGCGCCGUAGCUAUCUUCGUUCUUCAAGGCACACUCCAGGUCAGUGUUCACGAUGAUCACCUGCAAUUCGAAGCAGGCGCCUUCAUGAUGUUUGGUGACGACCUAUUUGCCAACGUCAACAAGCGAUUUCCUCAGUUCAGUGGAGAAUGGAACCUAGAGAGAAUUCUCCAAGAGCUUGGCGAUAAGACCUACUUUGAGCCAGACUACACCGUAAAGAUGGCUACUGACUUGCGAUGCCUCGAGUGCACAGCUGAAGCAUAUAUUGUAUUACGGUACCUAACUCAGGAAUUAGAAAAAUGUGAGUCGCCAGACAAACAAGAGCCUAAAUUUGUGUUGAUCAUCAAAAGUAAUCUGAGCGAUCAAAAUCAGAAACAGAUCGUCGAACUAUUUCAGCGCUUCUGGAAAGUGCGCAAGCAUCAAGGCCUAAGGUUGACAUGCGACAGUACGGGAGUGAGCAUCUUGGAGCCCCUCCAGAAUAGGGAAGAUGAAGACACAGAGCACUCACACGAAAAUGCCGAUCCGACCUCAACGCCAUUGCCGCCAGAGACAAUCCUACAAACUGUCCACGAAUCAACAGCAGCAGACCACUACUCUAACGCUACAACUGGACUUCAACGUCGCGACAGACGCAAUCCCAUACGAACUAACAAUUGGAGACAGACGAGUGGACGCCGUAGUUUCAUGCAUAGCACUUUGAAAUGGGGACGAAAAAGUAGACACGACUAA